UGGGUACAGAGUGCUCAUCCGAAAUAUGGGCCAAUCACAGCGGUCCAUCCACCUUGCGUUUGUUUUUUUCUUCAUGAGCAAUACUCUGAUGCCGAUUUUAGCUGCUCGUCAUUUUUGUUUGCAUACUUUUUCAGGAAUGGAGGGACAGAACGCGGCACCAAGAACCGCACAAACCACCAGUGAAAAAACACGUCACGUACUGUUGGUUGUUGGCGGAAUUUAUAAUGAAACACACAUCCAGUGUAUCGACAUGAGCUCUGUCGCCGGUGACCCGACCGAGUUUCAUUCGAAUGAAGCGAAUGAGAAUCUGCGAAUUCCAGAUUUACCUGGCGGUAGAUACGACUGCGUCGCACUGGAGUUGAGCGGUUUAAUCUACGUCAUUGGUGGUGUCAUGGAAGAAGGCGUUAUCACAGAUAGUGUUGCUAUCCUAGAUGUGGCUUCCUCGCGCUGGACAAGUGGCCCCUGUAUGCGAUCCCCCCGUGCACGGUUUGGUGCUGUCGCGCUCGAUGACAAAAUUUAUGCAAUUGGAGGACAAGAUCAACCCCAUGGCAAACUUGCAACCACAGAAGUCUUUGAACCUUUGUCACAACUGUGGCGGCUGGUUGCUCCAAUGUCCCGCCCAAGACGUGAUCUGGCUGUUGCAGCGACCCAGGAAGAAGUCUAUACUGUUGGUGGAUGGGAUGAGGGCAUGUUGUCCAUUGUGGAAUGUUAUCAACCACGGACCGAUUCGUGGACUAUUAUUGCCUCCAUAGCGACACCACUUAGUGAGGCUGGAGCAUGUGUACUGGGUAACCGGCUCUAUGUAGCGGGAGGUCGGACGGAAACUGGUGUGGUCACUGACUCUGCUGCAUUUUACAACGUAAACACAAAUAGUUGGCAAUCUAUCGCACCAAUGAGCCAACGGCGAUGGAGAUUUGGUCUGGUUGCUCACGGCGGUUCUCUGUACGCCGUUGGGGGAAACAAUCGACUAACUGAGGAACUGACUUCGAUAGAACGCUACGACCCAUGCCGCAAUCAGUGGACGUUCGCCCCAGAACAACUGAAGAUGCCUCGCACAGGUGCUGCGGUUGUACUGCUACACUUAACAUGUUCGGAUUGACUCUGAAUGUUUACCACAACCA